GCCAUGCAGCGGGAGACAGGAAGGCGGGACUGGGCUAAAUGAGCCGGAGCAGGGGAGACGCAGUAAUAGGAGGGGGGUCGCCCCCCGCUUCCCCUGGAUGCCUCCCAGGGCUCUGCUCAAAUAUCUGGUUCUGGAGGUGCACUACAGGGAUUCUUGCUGUUGUCGUGGUUUUGAUCUUGUGUAUUCACCUUGCGGUAAAUAGCUCAUCAGGGAAAGAUUCUUCUGGCUCUCCUCCUCCGGAACCAUGCCCUGCCGACUGGCUGUACCACCAAAGGAAAUGUUACUACUUCUCUGAGAAAGAAAAGGACUGGGACUCCAGUCGGAGCUUUUGUUCCUCACACAACAGCUCCCUAACUGUAAUUGAAAACCAGCAGGAACUGAACUUUAUAAUGAAAAUAACAAAGCAAGAUCCGUGGAUUGGACUUCAGAAGACAGGAGAAGAAUUCCAUUGGGUAAACGGGACUCCAUUAGAUACAAAUCUGUUGGCAGUAAAGGGUUCUGGAGAAUGCGCCUAUAUUGAAUCAGAUGGGAUCUCCAGUUCUGGAUGCUCAUUAACCAGGGGUUGGGUCUGUAAAAAAACCUCUUAGCUCUGUGUACUCAAGCUUCACUCAGCCAAUUAAUGUAAGACCCCGGGUUCAACUGUCACAGUUCCGGGCAACUGCACCUGUAUU